AUGCAGUUCUCCGUCGUCAUCACCGCCAUCCUCUCAGCUGUUGCUGUUCCUGCCGUUCUUGCCGCUGAGACAGACUGCUGCUGGGGCAAGGGCCAGAAGUCUUGCAUGAACCAGAACGGCGAUUCAGUUUGGUGCGCGUCCAACUCGGCCAACUUCUGCUACAACGUCAUGAAGCAGGGCACCAACACUCCUGUGUCGGCCACCUGUGACGCCGACUGCUGUGACACUGUUACUGGCUGGGGUAUUGGAUGCCCCAAAUAG